AAAGACGAACAAAACCUCCUAGCGGAUCAAGUACAAUUUGUUUGGCUUAUUGUUUCCACUCACAACUUCAUGGGAAAGAAUAACGAUAAACCUGUUAUCAUCCCAAUAAAGCAUCCUUUAUAUGAUUCCUCGACGGAGAUAUGUUUGUUCACAAAAGAUCCACAAAGAGAAUUUAAAGAGUUAGUUGCGACGAAAGGCGUUAAGCAGAUUAAAAAGGUGAUCGGGUUGUCCAAGCUUCGUAAGAAAUACGAACCGUACGAGGCGAAGCGUAAAUUAUGCGAUUCGUACGAUUUGUUUUUAGCGGACAAUAGGAUAUUACAUCAUAUUUCGAGUACUACCGAUAUGACGGCAUCGCAACUAUCAGAAAAUAUUGAAACCGGCAUUCCAAAAAUAGUCGAUAAGAUACCGAGGAAGUGGGCGAAUAUUCAAUCCUUGCAUAUUAAGACAAGCGCAUCUACAA